GCUCCGCUUUUGUGGGGAAUGUGCCUCUACUGCGCUUGGUUGACUAAUAACAAAUUUCAAUAUGUUCAACUAAAAGUUGUUCCUUUUUAUUCAAACUAAUACUUCUGCAUCAAAAGAUUUUUAGCAGAUUCUAAAAUUAUCAUGAGACCACACUUUAACAAAUUUGCUCAGAGUACAGAAGUUAUAACAGUAUAUUCUGUUCCAACGGUGCCAUCAGUCUACACGUUCCCUGCGCGUUCAGACCGAAUUGGUAAAAUGGCAUGCCACCGCUACAAUUCUGAAGAUUCUAGCGAUUACUCAGAUAGUGGAGAAUUCGACAUGUGCGCGGGCGGACAAUGUAGUCAUGACGGCCGUGGUAACUGCGGCAGUGGUAGCUGCGGCAGUGGUGGCUGUGAUUGUGAUACGAUACUACCUUUCGAUGCAUUGUCGAUUGAAAAUAUUCUUCUGAUGAUUUUCGAUAAAUUUAACUUUCGCUUGCUAAUGGAGGAGCGCACACGCAGCGCAGUGCUAAUUACCGCAGGUUUGGCUAUUGCGGGUGGCCUCAUCGGCCAACAUGUCGGUGGAAAAGUCGCCGCCGCUGUAGGUGGUGCCGUCGGGGGCGCCUGUGGCAUCGGAGUCGUAGCCAUCUCGAUGAGGGAUGCUUGGAAUGAUAUCAAAUACCAACUAUCUGAGUUAAUAGAACUGGUUUACGACUUCAUUGCUGGACUGGAGCUGAAAGACUAUCAAGCUGCGGCCAGUCUCCUCAUGUCAGAUGGCAACGUCGGCAGCCAGCUAGCCACACUGUUGACGAGUCAAGCCUCUUCUACCCUCGGCAAAAUCAUUAUUUCCAGUAUUACGAAUAAUUAAUCCAGAAAAUCGAUACUUUUGACGGUAGGUAUUGAAAAUAACAAUAAGCUUUGCAGGCAAAACAUUGUUAAUUGAAAGUGAUUUUUUAUUACCUAAAUGUUUAAUAAUUGUUAUAAAAUUUCGAACGACUGAAAUCGACAUAAUUAUUUAUAAAUGCGUUUUCUAAUUAUUAUUGUUUGCAGGCAAAAGUGUUUAUAUUGUUAAGAAAUGUGUAAUAUAUGUUUAAAGAUCAUCAGUUAUUAAAAUGACAUAAUAUGUAUAGGUAAGUAAAGAUAUAAGAAUGACUUGCAAAAACUCGCAAAGAUCUAUUUUAUAGUAACUAUGUUAGGUAGAUACUUUUGUUAAAUGAGAGUUUUAUAAACAAUAAUAUUUUAACUUUUCAAAUUUCAAUUUAUAUUGACAGUGAUAAUUUGAUAAAUUAAUUUCUAAUAAUAUUUUAAGUGUGAUGUUUGUUUCGUGAUUUUAGUUCACUUCAGCCGAAAUACUGUUGAAUGUUUUUGUUUGUGAUGUUAUAAUUGAAUGACUUGAGAUAAUAAUGUUAAUUUUCUCAUUCUUAAUAUACUUGAAUUUUAUGUAGUCAUGAUCAAAUAUAAAUGAAUAAAUAUGAAAUCUCGUGA